AUGUGGAGCACAAUAGUUGUCCUAGCGUCUAUUCUGUUUUUGCCCAAGGUUCAUCUUAACUUUUGUGAGCUGAAAGCGGAUAUUACGUUCCUUAUUGAUAAGAGUGGCUCCAUCGCUUAUAAUGGAACUAAUAUAAGUUAUGAAAUUGCUCAAGAAAGAAUUGAAACAGUUAAAAGUUUUAUAUUGGAUUCAGUUAAACUUAUGCAAUUAGCGGAAGAUAAAAUCAGAGUUGCUAUCGCCACGUUUAAUCACGGGUUUCGUAAUUUAAAUACUUUUAAAGACCAAUCAUCCUACGAUCUUAAAUUAUUUGAAGGUAUUUUAAAUAAUUUAACGUAUACUAAAGAUGACAUGAAAGGUGGAACCCGUUUGGCUUCCGCUCUUUACCAGGUAUUGUUGAUAUUAUAUCGCAAAAAUACUGAAGGGAGAGAAAGGAUUAUAAUGGUAAUUACCGACGGGCAGUUACCGGUACAAGAAAAAAAUAAUACAGUCAAUUUUUCUCAAGUACUUCGUGGGAAAACGCCACCUUUCAAAAUUAUAGCGAUCGGUAUCGGUUCGCACCAAGGGUUCCAUGAUGAUUUAUUCCAAAUUACUGGAAACGAAGCUUUGACCCUAACCUCUGAAAAUUAUAUAGAUUUACCUAAUCAUGUAAAUACUUUAAUUGCUAAAGUAUGUCCGGAUUUUGUUAAUGAAGUCAGUAUUUCGACUAUCGGGCCCACUUCUACUCCUGCGCCGCCAUCCCCUACAAAAAGCAAUGAACGAGCUUUGUAUAUAGGCUUUGGAGUUGGUGGGGCAGUGGCUUUACUCGCUGCUGCAGCGGGCCUCGCAUAUUUUUAUAAAAAUAAGCUUGCUGGGGGAAAAACUUCUACCUCAAAUAACGGAUCAUUUCUAAGGAACUCAACUGAGAACCCUUUUUAUAGAAGUCCAGGGGAGACACACGAAAACAUUAUGACCGAAUAG